GACGUUUCUUCCACGGUGCCUGCUAGGACUAUACAGUCAAAUGGCCAUAGAGCCGCGCAGGCUUCGGUUCGAUGCACGUCUCGCUCAAGAACCCCACGCUCGCAUCCCUGUUCAUGCCAACUGCUACAACGCCCUGCAACACGAUCUACCGCUCAGUUGCAGAUAUAUGAGGCAGGGCCGUGGCUUGAUGCGCUGUCGCCAGGCAAUUUCGAGAAGUGGGACAUUGAGGGUACAUACCUGAGGAGGUUCAAGCCGCACAUUGGCUCCCAUACCAUGCUUGUGCAUCUUGUCGCAGCAGAUGUCAUGCCUAUUUACCAGCCAAUUCACGGGUG